AUGAAAUAUUUACAUUUAUUUAAACUUGUUGUCUUUUUGCAUAGUUCAUAUAUGGUAUUAGGGGAUGAGGUUGAAAAUGAAAAUGAGCCUCACCAUCAUAGAUAUAGCCCCUCAGACGGAACAUUUUGGGUAUUCCUUUUAUAUGCAAUUGGAUUGUCUCUUUUAGCAGCAUUCUGUUCAGGAAAUACUCAAGGAUUGCUAUCAAUAGAUAUGUUGAAUUUGGAACUUAAGUAGAAGAGUGGAACAGAAUAUGAGAAGAAAGUGGCUUAAAUACUGCUGCCUGUCAUUUCUCAGCACCACUUAUUAUUAUCAACUUUGUUGGUUGGAAAUGCUUUUGCUUGUGAAACCUUGCCAAUAAUUUUACAUCAAUUGGCCCCAGAUUGGUUAGCAAUUCUGAUAUCUGCAGGGAUCAUAGUGUUGUUUGGAGAGAUAAUUCCAUCAGCAUUUACAACAGGCCCAGAUUAAUUAGUAAUUGGAAUGAAAAUGAUUCCUUACGUAAAAGUAUUACAAGCCAUACUAUACAUAAUUUGCUAUCCAUUGAGUCUGUUGCUAGAUUAUGUAUUGGGAGUGCAUCUCCAUCAAAGAUACAAGAUAAAAGAUGUAAGAGGGUUGCUGAAUUUGCAUGCCCAAGAUAGUGGACACGGAAAUAAUGCUUAAUUGUCUAAGGAUUAGAUGUAAUUGCUGGAUUCUAUGAUGGAAAUGAGAAAGCAAACAGUAAUGAAGAAUUGCAAAGACAUAAAGAAAGUCUUCAUGAUAAAUGCAGAGGAACGAUAUAGUUCAGACUUAAAAAAUAAAAUCAGAAUAAAAGGAUUCUCAAAGAUUCCAGUUUAUCAGGGAUAAAACAAAGAUUAAAUAAUCGGGACAAUACAAGCUAAGUCUAUUCUGAAAUUGACAGCUUAAGAUUAUGGUAGGCCAUUGUCGUCUCUGCUAUAGAUGCAAGAACCAUUGAUAGUUCCAAAAGAUACCACCAUGUUAGAAAUGCUUAUGUUGUUCCAACAUGAACGAAAAUCGCUGGCUUUCAUUUGUGAUAAAGGAAAAAAAGUACAAGAAUAUAAUACAAUGAAUAUAUCAAAUUUAAUCGUUGAAGGAUAAAAUAAUAUAAUUGCAUUGAUUGGUUUGACGGAUGUAUUCGAAGAGAUGCUUGAUUUUGAGAUUGAAGAUGAAGAUGUUCAUGGAACCUUGCGUGAUUAUCCAAGAUAGAGAAAUAAGUAUACUGAAUUGAAAGUCAUAACUGAAGAGUAAGAAAGGUAAGGUAAGGGACGCGAAUUGAAAUAGAAACUAUUAUCAUGA